AUGGCUCAACAGUGUCAGGCCGACCAAUUCGGGCAGAAGUGGUAUGAAGCAGCAGCCCGGAAUCAGAUUCAUGCAGGCAUAGCUCGGAGCUGGUCGCUUUCGACCCUUGGGGUAGAACGACAGCACCCAGAACAACCAACCGUCCCUCGCAAUGUGCUGGAGCCGGGAAAAACUCGCCAAGUCCUGCCCAGUGAUGGGUCCACCGAUCGGACUGAACUUCCCGACGUUCACAUCUCUCCCACAUUGUCUCAACUUAAUCCUCCAUCAUGGCAAGGCCCUGACCGACUAGUUACCAACACUAUGCUUCGUGAGGACCAGUCACCCUGGCUGGUGUCACAAAACAUUCCUGCGAUAAUUUCCGUUCCGAAUGGCAGUGAUGACCAACACAUCUUGGAGCUCAGGAGCUUCAGUGAGAGUUCUUUCAACCUGGGCCCCGGGUCCGCUCGGAGUGGGAAGAGCAAAAUCUCCCGUCACGACUGUCUUACAAUGAACACCUAA